CGUCCAGGUCCAACCCACAUUCUCCUCUACGGCCACAGCAGCCAUGUCAACGCCUGCUGAACUCGCUUCACAACGUCUUUUCGCGCCCCAUAUCGUCACCAACACGCACACCAUCUCCACCAUCAAAUUCAUCUCCUCCACCCUCGCCGGCGCCGUCGCAGGCAUCUUGGGCCUCGAAAACGCUUAUGGAUUCGCUCUUUUCGCAUUCUCAACACUGCUCACGUCUCUGUGCAUGUUGGCGUUGAACUUUGGAGGGAAGCCGAGCAAGUACUUGCCGGGUGGGUGGUUGGAGAUGGUGAAUCCGGGGCAGGAGAAUACGAUGAGUUUCGUGUUGGUGUGGACGUUAUUUUAUGGUAUUGUACACGUAUACGACUAGCCUGGAUACUCGCUCUCUUCUAUGUUGCCUACCUGUGCUGGCUAGGACUGCGUUAAGACCCUUGGACUUGGCCCGUAGAAUCAUGGGGACACGUAACGCAUUGCUUUUGAAGCCUAUCCUUUAGAACCCUCAGUUGCGCUUCUCGCUGCCUAAGAUUAUGCAGCGCUAGACGAAUUCACCAUCAUCUUGUGGUCGUCAUCGAGCGCUGGUCAUUCACACUGUAGCCCAUGAGGGGAAAAUACCUUUCUACCGCACGUCGAGUAUUCUCGUUGGAUCAUGGAUCCUUUCCACAUACUUGGGAGAACCCAAAACCCCAUGGUCUUAUCUGCGAGGACGGUCACAGGAUUUGUGGCGCCGUUUUGACGUGAACGCCACACAAUAAAAGUGGAGACUAGUCACUGGGGGCUG